UCGACGCCGGAAGUGACGCGGCGGCCCAGACUACCGGCGGAGCUGCGACCUGAACCCGGACGAUCCGCGGAUCACGGAAUGAAACGCUGCUGCUCGCUCCGCGGUGUCUGCUCCUCACGUUUCUCAAUCUGAAAGCUCCUGCUGCUCCCGACUCCAUCUACUUCUGAAGAAGGGACUUCAUUUAGGCUGCUUGCUCCGUUGCUGGGGGGAAGGAGCGUAGUAUUAAGUGACCCCGUUGUGUAAGAAGAGAAGUGUGUGAACAGAGUGUGUGAGCAGCUCUCUCUAUGUGUGUGACAAUGGGGGACAUCAGCGACCUGGACCGACAGAUAGAACAGCUCAGACGCUGUGAGCUCAUUAAGGAAAAUGAAGUUAAAGCACUCUGCGCCAAAGCCAGAGAGAUUCUUGUAGAAGAAAGCAAUGUCCAAAGAGUAGAUUCUCCUGUCACAGUGUGCGGUGAUAUACACGGUCAGUUCUAUGACCUGAAGGAGCUCUUUAGAGUUGGUGGAGACGUUCCAGAGACGAAUUAUCUCUUCAUGGGUGACUUUGUGGACAGAGGCUUCUACAGUGUGGAGACUUUUCUGCUGCUGCUUGCGCUCAAGGUCCGUUAUCCAGACAGGAUAACCUUGAUCCGAGGAAACCACGAGUCCAGACAGAUCACCCAGGUGUACGGCUUCUACGACGAGUGCCUGCGGAAGUACGGCUCGGUCACCGUCUGGAGAUACUGCACAGAGAUCUUUGACUACCUGUCCCUGUCGGCCAUCAUCGAUGGCAAGAUCUUUUGUGUGCACGGUGGUUUGUCUCCCUCUAUCCAGACGUUGGACCAGAUCAGGACCAUUGACAGAAAACAGGAAGUUCCCCAUGACGGGCCCAUGUGUGACCUUUUGUGGUCAGACCCUGAAGACACGACAGGCUGGGGAGUGAGUCCCAGAGGGGCCGGUUACUUGUUUGGGAGCGACGUUGUGGCUCAGUUUAACGCUGCCAACGACAUCCACAUGAUCUGUCGAGCGCAUCAGCUGGUCAUGGAGGGAUACAAGUGGCACUUCAACGAGACCGUGCUCACCGUGUGGUCGGCUCCCAACUACUGCUACAGAUGUGGCAACGUGGCCGCCAUCUUGGAGCUGGAUGAGCAUCUACAACGGGAGUUCAUCAUUUUUGAAGCAGCGCCACAAGAGACCAGAGGGAUCCCCUCCAAGAAGCCAGUAGCCGACUAUUUCCUGUAAACUCUGCGAACACACUGCCACGAUGUGUCAAACUCUGGUACCAUUUCACACCAGCUGCCCUCCAUCCCACCGCCGGACGCUUCCGUCAGCCUGAACCCUGAGCAGUGAGACGGGACGGGAGCCUCCCCCGCCCAGCUCUCUCCUUCAGCUCUCACCUCCAGCUCAGAGCCUCCUGGUCCUGGUCCUCGUCCUGACGGAGCGGUGGCCUGGGGGGCGGGAGGGGGAGGCCUAUGCUGGUCCCACGUCUGUCACGUCUCUGCAGCUGUUCCAUGGCCGUUUCCUUCAGCCGUCUCCCUCCUCCACCCGUCAUCUCCUCGUUCUGACGGCUGUUUCCUUCAGGUCUUCAGAAAACUUCCUCCACCCGUCAUCUCCUCGCUCUGACGGCUGUUUCCUCCAAGCCUUCAGACCAAUUCCUCCUCGAUCCAUCUCCUGGCUGUGACGGCCGUUUCCUUCAGGCCUUCAGCUGAACUUCCUCCUCGCUCUGUAGAUGCAUCCUUUUACCACCUUUCUAGUAGUUUCUUUUUAUGACAAAUGUCAUUUAGUUUCCAAACUUUAUGAAAGGACUUUUUUUUUCUUCUCUUUUUUCUUAAAUAUCCAGCUGUAGGAAAUUUUACAAUUUUAUUAAGGAAUUCCUUUUGAUCAUUUGUUUUUUUGAUUUUAAUUGUUGCUGCCAGGAUUAAAUGAAAAAGAAAACCACCCCUCCCUGCCUUUAUUUUAUGUUUAAAUGUUAUCUGCCUCGCUAUUUAACAUACCAAGUGCUGCAGCUCAGCACCAUCUUAAACCGCAGAAAUGUCACUGUAUUCACAUUCACUAAUGUUUUCUCACCUUUUAAUCUACAAAUCUCUAGGUCUGUCAAUUUUGAUAUUGUGAGAAUAAAGUUUUUGUAUCAACGU